UCGCCGUCCGUGCGCCCGGGUCGCCGCCGCCCGUCCCGCAUGCUGGCCGCCGUCUGCACCGCCCUGGCCGGGCUGCUGCUCGUGCCGCUACUCGUCACGUUGUGCUGCCCCUACCUGGUCCAGGACGUGCGCUUCUUCGUGCUCCUGGCCGGGCUGUCGCGCCGGGUGCGUAGCUACGGGCGGAGGCGCCCAGUGCCCACCGUGCUGCGCGCCUUCCUGGAGCACGUGCGCCGCGCCCCGCACAAGGCGCUGCUGCUCUGUGGGGACGAGGCGCUCACCCGCGCUCAGGCAGACCGGCGCAGCAGCCAGGUGGCGCGGGCGCUGCACGGCCUCGGCCUGCGCCAGGGCGACUGCGUGGCCGUCUUCAUGGGCAACGAGCCGGCCUACGUGUGGCUGUGGCUGGGCCUGGUCAAGCUGGGCUGCCCCAUGGCCUGCCUCAACUGCAACAUCCGCGCUAGGUCCCUGCUGCACUGCUUCCAGUGCUGCGGGGCCAAGGUUCUGCUGGCCUCCCCAGAACUACAAGACGCUAUUGAAGAGGUGCUGCCAAGCUUGAAGAAAGAGGGAGUGUCUGUCUAUUACGUCAGCAGGACUUCCAACACGGAGGGGGUUGACUCUUUCCUGGACAAAGUGGAUGAAGUAUCAUCGGAACCCGUCCCAGACUCCUGGAGGUCUGAAGUCACAUUUUCUACUCCCGCCUUAUACAUCUACACUUCUGGAACCACAGGUCUCCCCAAGGCUGCCACCAUCAACCAUCACCGCAUCUGGUUAGGAACUGGGAUCAGCAUGGCCACUGGCCUCAGGGGCGACGACGUGGUCUACACCACACUGCCCCUGUACCACAGCGCUGCGCUCUUGGUCGGCUUCCAUGGCUGCCUCGUGUCUGGUGCUACAAUGGUUUUGCGGAAGAAAUUUUCAGCCAGCCAGUUUUGGGAUGACUGCAGAAAAUACAACGUGACCGUCAUUCAGUAUAUUGGAGAACUGCUCCGCUAUUUGUGCAACACACCCCCGAAACCAAAUGAUCGGGACCAUAAAGUAAGGGUGGCCCUGGGCAACGGCCUGCGUGCAGACGUGUGGAGAGAAUUCAUCAGGAGAUUUGGGGACAUCCAAAUCUACGAGUUCUAUGCUUCCACGGAAGGCAACAUCGGGUUUCUGAAUUACCCGAGGAAGAUCGGCGCGAUUGGAAGAAUGAACUACCUGCAAAAAAAAGCCUCAUGUUAUGAGCUGAUUAAAUACGAUGUGGAGAAAGAUGAACCUGUCCGCGAUGAGAACGGCUUUUGCAUCAGAGUUCCUAAAGGCGAGGUCGGACUGCUGGUUUGCAAAAUCACACAACUUACGCCCUUUAAUGGCUAUGCUGGAAGAAAGAACCAAACAGAGAAGAAGAAACUGAGAGACGUCUUUAAGAAAGGCGAUGUCUAUUUCAACAGCGGAGACCUCUUAAUGAUCGACCAUGACAACUUCAUCUACUUCCAUGACCGAGUCGGAGAUACGUUUCGGUGGAAAGGGGAGAACGUGGCCACCACUGAGGUCGCUGACAUCAUGGGCCUGGUUGAGUUUGUCCAGGAGGUGAAUGUGUACGGAGUGCCCGUGCCAGGUCAUGAGGGACGAAUUGGCAUGGCCUCAAUCAAGAUGAAAGAAAACUAUGAAUUUGAUGGAAAGAAGCUCUUUAAACACAUUGCCGAUUACCUGCCCACCUAUGCAAGGCCACGCUUUCUGCGAAUACAGGACACCAUCGAGAUCACUGGAACUUUUAAACACCGCAAAGUGAUCCUUGCGGAGGAAGGCUUUAAUCCCACCGUCAUCAAAGAUGCCAUGUAUUUCUUGGACGACACAGCAAAGACAUAUGUGCCUAUGACUGAGGACAUUUAUAAUGCCAUCAGUAACAAAACUCUGAAGCUGUGAGCAUUCCCAGAAGGAUGAUUCAUCACCUUUCAGGAAGAAGCUGAAUGGACCUAGCACAGCCACUUGAUAUAAUCCAACUUUAAUUUGAUUGAAGAUAAAGGGGGGCAGUUUUUUAGGAAAUUACACUUACCAGUAAAAGGAGAGUUUUUUUAGAGGUAAUUAUUUUUUCAAUAUGAACUUACCAUUUGUAUUUGCAUACUGAGCUUGUUGGAGGGAGGGUCUUGGUUUUUUUUUUUAAUAGAUAAUAAAAUAGAUGAACACCAACAUA